ACAUUGAUUGCCAGUGCAUCCCUUUGCCUGUGAGGAGGACGCGGACUUGUUCACAGCCUCCCAGUGCGCAGCAUCGCUUGAACGGCCUUGUCUAACUUUUACUAUCCUUGUCUCCGACAUCUAGACUUCCCUUCCUGCUCUUGCUUACCGUACCAAAGAUUGUCUCGUCGACGCCGCACGGACACCUUACGUCUCUUUCAACAAGCUACAGCGUCGAAACACGUUGAAUUUGGAACCAAUGGAUGCCUUCGACGACGAGAACCCAUUCGAGACGGGUACAGACCGUGUUUCAUCUGAGACCUCUUCCACAUCUAAGGUGGACAUAUCAGAACCGCCGUCUCCGCCUUCCAAUGUGUCGCGCAGAUUUUCUUCGUCUGCGUCUGCCAAGGGGUCUGCAUUUCCUUCUUCAAGUCGGCAGGUGCAGUCCAAUUACAAGAGUGACUUCUGCUGCACUCGCGACCGUGUCCUACAUUCUGGCGACGACGUCGAGAUAAUCAUAACUGACGCAGUGAAGACGUCCAUCAACUCCAACUCACCUUAUAUUGCGUAUGUCAUUCAAACCGGGAAUGCGCAAGCACACCAUCGGUAUUCAGAAUUUGAAUCACUGAGAAUCAGCUUGUCGAAACUCUAUCCUACUCUCAUAAUUCCGCCUAUACCGUCGAAGCAGACGUUAGGCGAUUACGCUAUCAAACAAGGAAAAGCUAAGGAGGAUGCCGCUUUGAUUGCAAGGAGAAAACGUAUGCUUCAAACAUUUCUCAACCGCUUGGCUCGUCACCCAAUUCUAUCCAAUGAACAUGUCUUCCAUCGAUUUUUGGACGGCAAAGUCUCGUGGACCGAGGUUCUCAACUCACCACCACUGUCGCUGCUUCCGAAGAAUAUCCUCAAGGCCCCUUCGCACAAUCCCACUGAUCAGAAUGCCUCCCCUGCUUAUGCCGCUCUUCCGAAUCCGUCAGCCGCCCAUCCUCUGCGACAUCCGGACCAGAGGUUCCAUGAUUCCGAGGCAUUUACCAACAAGUUUUCUGUACAUAUGAGCGGCCCUAUGGAGAAGGUCACACGUCGGACCAUCAAGCGAUGGUCAGAUUACGGACAAGAUCAUUCAGAGCUUGGUGCGGCUCUGAACGGUUUCAGUCUGAAUGAAAGUGGCGAGCUUUCGGGUGCCAUUGAGAAAACUGGACAAGCUGUCGAUGCUACUUAUCUUUCAACCACAAAGCUGCUUCAGGAACUCGAGCAGAACUGGGCGGAACCCCUGCACGAGUACUCUCAAUUUGCACUGAUUAUCAAGAAGCUUCUUGCUUAUCGACACCAGAAGCACGUCCAAUACGAAAUGACUCAGGAUGCUCUCGAGACUAAGCGAGAACAGCUUGAAGAACUAGAGAAGAGUGAGCGGGAGGCCCGACGCCUAGAAGCGGCCCUUGGACGGGGCCGCAUCAAUGGUUCUUCUAUGGCUUCUAGUCCGACCGCAGGUGAGGAUGAAACUGAUCCUACCUCAAGGUCUGGCGAAGAGGAGAAUAACCCUUCUUCCGGUUACCUCCCACCCCAUCCGGGCCCGAAUCCUGCCCGGCGAAGGACACGAGCACCCGGCAUGGGACUACUGAACGCUCUCAGCUAUACAAUCCAUGGUAUGAUGGACGCAGACCCCGAGACUGCUCGCCGCAACAGCAUUACGAAGACUCGGGAGAACAUCUCUCAGCUUGAGGACGCCCUACAUCUUUCUACUCAGGAUCUCAAGUACUCUAGUUCUACCAUUCAGGCAGACUUGGAUAGGUUCCAGCGGCAAAAAGUUGCGGACCUCAGGGAGAUGGCCAUAGCGAUGGCACGAAGCCAUCGUGACUGGUGUAAGAAGAACCUUGAGGCCUGGGAAGAGGCGAAGAGAGAGAUUGACAAGAUUCCCGACCAUCCCAACACACCACCGAACUCAGAUGGACAUUCUUCUGGAGGGCCCGCAACUGUGAGAAGAGACUCUACUGCUACGGUGAAUGGACGCUAAUGAUGGAAAGAGUUCGUUGAGCUUUGGUACUAAGUAGCAAUUUGGGGCUUCUCCUUUCUUUCAUGAUAGUUACUUAGUACUGCAACUAUCUCAAUGAUUGCACUUUUCUGGAGUCGCGAAAUUCGACACCAUGACGGAGUCACCGUCA